CACUGAAGUGAAGUGGCAUGAUGCGAAGGAAUUUGGAUCGUGCGAACUUUGUACAAAUAGUCAUAGAGUGAACGUGCGAUGCGUUAUACGUCUCGCAGUGAGAUAAGGGUGAAAUAGUUCAUUCAAGACCGUGCACGCCCACAGGACCGCGUUGACCGGUAAUUUCUCAUUUAGAACAACGAAUUUUUGGCCCAAAAUUGCACAACUGUUUUUGAAGUCGAAAAGUUACGGAAAGGACGCGAGCUACCAUCAACACUCUAUGUUCUCUGUCAUUUUCGCACAGUCAAUCUCUGUUGCACACAUACCAAAGGUGCUCAUCGAAAAAGAAGUGAAACGUGAACGUCGAGCGAAGUGACGCUCGGCCAGAAAAGGGAUGCCAUCACAAUGGACUUGGAUAAUCUUUAGUCUUGUGGUUUGCGCGACUACAUCAUCGAAAAAUGACUUCGCCAAAGUUUUUAUAGAAUUAACGGAAUUUGAAUACGAGGAUGCUUGUAUCAAUGCAUCCGAAGCUGAAUGGGCAUUCGUCAAUUAUCCGUCAAAUAAAACACUAUCAAUAUGGGAAGAAAAAUUAAUUUCUUAUGCUGCUUUUAAAAAUGCACAAAAGAAAGAAAUUACUAAUAUUACGAAGCUUAAUGAUCUAUCUUUACAACACAAAUACGAUGUUACUGAUAAAGCAGGUGAUGCUCUCCUGGAGAGUGAAGAUUUUAAAACACUUAUUCACUUCACUGGGGCAGUGGAAUUGUUAAGAUUAUCUACAGUUCAUACAGGAGUUUUGAACAAUUACACACGCAAAGAUGUAGAACAAGUACUAUCUCGUAAUAAUAAUGUUGAGAGUAAAGACAGUAUUUGGACAGCUUGGCAUCAAAGCUUAUUUCCACUAGUUAAGAAUUUUACAACUGUCUUCCCACUUGUUGAUAAAGCUGCCAAAGCAAAUGAUGCCAAAGAUGUUACAGAGUACUGGGAACUCUUAAGUGGAUACAGUGAUGGUUAUAACAAAAUUAAAUAUCAAUGGAGAAAAAUUGAGAAUCUUCAUAAAAAAGUAUUGAAAUUUAUUGGAAAUAAUUUAUCACAAAAGUAUAAUAUCACCAUAAAUGACACAAUACCGGCUCAUUUACUUGGGUCCCUACAAGGAAGUGAUUGGACUCCCAUAUCAGUUGAUGUAACACCUUAUCCAGAUUUAAUGUAUAAUAUAAAAAUGAAUCUUUGGAAAAGGAAACUUAUUGGGAAAUCAUUGUAUAAAGCUGCUUCUGCUUUGGGCACACAAAUGUUGAACCAAGUUCCACAUGCCGAUUUUUGGGAUAGAAGUCAGUUUAAUCGACAAUGCCCAUCAAAAUUAAUUAAUUUUUGUAAAGAAGGUAUUAUGAGAGUAUCUACUUGCUUUGAGCCUACUAUAAGCAACUUCCUCUCUGCCCAUAAAGAUAUAGGAAAGAUUUUAUACAAUCAAAUGUCGGUAGAGACUAUUCCUGUACUCAAUACAGCUAAUAGAUAUUCUGCUUUAGAAAUAGGUGUGUCAGAACUUUUUGGUAUCUUAGCAGCCAGUCCUGCUUGGUUAAAGUACACACAUAUUAUGGACAAUUCUACUGAUAAUGAUCAACAUUUAAUUGUGUCUUUAAUGAUAACUGCAUUGAACACAUUGCCGCGUCUUGCUUACUACAUGUCAUUAGAUAUGUGGAGAAUUAAUGUUAUAGAAACUGGCAUUACAAAUCCAGAAGAUUUAGUAUCAUCUUGGUGGAAAUACAGGCAAGAAUAUGAAGGACUGAGUUCUGAUGGAAUUGAAACACCCACAUUUUUAGAUGAUGACUAUGUUACUAGCAACAAGCCAUAUUUACCGAAAUUGGCUGGCACUAUUCUUGCAUUUCAAUUUUAUCAACACUUGAUGGAUUCCUCAGAAGUCAGAUAUGAUUCAAUCUUAGAAAAACAAAUUAAAGUUGAGUUCGUCAAAAUGAUUCGACAAGGAGGGGCAGACGAUUGGAUGAGAGUGAUCGACAAAUUUCUAGGAAUAGACGAUAUCUCGUCCGAUUCACUUCUAUCAUUUUUCUCUCCAUUAGAAGAUUUCAUUGAUGAGUGGGAGGAAGAUUUCGAAUAUAAAGCAUUUACCGCUAAGGAGUCCGAGUUCGAAGAAUUAAAAAAAAAAGUUAUUGAAGAAUUUAAUGCUCCUUCGACAACUACUGUUAUUACUACUAGUACCACAUCAAAAAGCGUAGUCGUAAAGAACGAAAUGACAAACAAAAACAAUGGAAGAAGCAAUAUAAACGCCGUAGUAAAUGGCAAUAAGAAUUCAGAAUCUAAAUCGGCGACACAUGGACAAGAAGUGAAGCCAGAAAAUCAUGAAAAGUCAGAAGCGUCAAGUAAAGUUCCUUUAGAUGAGUCACUACUUGAUAACACAGACGCUGACCAAGAUACGAAACCAAAGAUUAAUACUAGUAAAGCAGUGUGGGCUGUAGGUGCAGUACUUUUAGCUACGAUAGUUAUUUGUAUAAUUGCAAUUUUUGGAAGACAAAGAUGUCGUAAAACGCCAAAAAAUAGACGAUAUGUUUAACAGUAUCCUUCAGCAUUAAAAAGAGUAUAUUUAUUCUUGCAUUUAAUUUCUAAGGAAGUUUUUGCCCAAAUAAGUUAUUGUUUUAAAGUCUUUCGUCUAGAAAGACAUUUACUAAUUUACAAUAUUCACCAUUGUACAUUCCUUACUGUUGUUACUGAGACAAGCGGAGAUUAUUUGCGAGAAAUCGAAUUUUGUUUAACACUAGUCUCUCUAUAAAUUGUAUACCGAACAAUAUACAGCAGAAAGAAUAUCAACAACGAGAAUUAGAGCUUAAAAACAGAAGAGGUGAUAAGUAUUAGUAUCGAUUCAAACAAACUUAUUUACUUUAAAUUGUGACAUGUACACAUAUACUAUACAUAAUAUUAUUUCAGGAUAAAAAUUGAUACUUUAUCAAAUGCGCUUAUAUUUUUUUUUUUUACACAAGUGUAACACAAUUCGUACAUUGCAAUUCAAAUAUAUAUGUCUUAAGAAUAGAAAAGAAAUAUUACAUACGAAAUUAUCAUAACACGUAUAUUGUUAUAUACGUAUACAAUAGUUCCCAAGCACAACAGUUCCUCUACAAAUAUGCCAAACUAUAAAUGAUUAUUUUUUAAUGCAUAAAAAAGUGUAUUCCUUACAUUUUUCUGUAGAACCUUUAAAAAAUAUAUUUUAAUAACGUUUUUGGUAUGCUGUAUGUGUAGUAUACACUCAAAUUCAUAUAAGGCUUGUACAUAAUCAUUUACAUAGUUCUAGAAUGAUAUAGCGAAUACACGAAUGCGUGUAGCCACCAUAACAUCUAACAUAUCAUAAAACCAGUAGAAUGUGUGACUUAUUUUUCUACCAUUACAUUACCGUGUACGAUAGUUGCAUAUGUGUGCAUCAUUUAUACAUAUACAAUGAAUUGUAUGGAAGAUUUAUAUUUUUUAUAAAAGUAUUUAUUUUGUACCUAACAAGAUAAGCUAAUAAAAUAUUGUUCCGGUACAAAAUUGAUUUACAACCUUGUAAAUAUGUUUUUAUGUUAAAACCGAGAGAACUAUGUUCUAUAUAUCAUAAAAAAGUGAAUAAAAUCGUUAGAGAAGUUAGCUCGACUAUUAUAUAACAGAUAAAAAAGUAGUUGAAUUUCAUCUGAUUGUUUUCAUUGAGAACCACUGUUCGCUAUGCUAACUCACGCAUACUAAAGAUCAUACAUAUAUCGACAAUGCUGUCUUAACUGUACCACUUUAUAAUACAAAGGAAAAUGUCAGCACUUCUUUAGACUUCAAUCUUUUAUAAGUUAAAUAAAAAAUGCAUACUUAAAGUACAAACUUAUGCCCCAAUAUACAUACACGUAUAAACGUUUUUAUACAUGAGAAAUAACCCCGUACUAAAAAUA